UACAAGAACCAGUAUGCGCUCGGGCAGUGGAGCCGGGACGACGGACUCCGCGCGUGCAAGUUGUGCUUGGAACGCAAAAAGAGCACUGGCACGCCGCGGCAGUGCAUGGAGUGCUUUCUGUGGAAGGGCCAGGAUGCAUUCCACGCAUCCCAGCACCACGGCUCGAAGCUCGCGUCACGGCGUUGCGUGGACUGUCCCGAGAGGCGAAAGUGUCACGUAUGCGAGGAGCGGAAGUACGAGGAUGCGUUCGUGGAUUUGCAGUGGGAGAAGGCAGGGAACGCUCGAUGUAAAGGAGGAAUGUGCCUCGAGUGCGAGGGGCCGAAGAAGCACCUGAAGUGUUUGCGCUGCGGCCAGGAAAAGUUGCUGAAAUAA